AUGAAGAAGUCAGAUGAGGCAGAAGGGAAUGUGGGGAAUAGGGGGAAGAACAAGUCAGGCUUUGAGUCGGAGUCUAAGCUGAAACCUAAGAAAGGAGAGAUGGGAGAAUGGAGCUCUGUUUCAGGUGCAGAGGUAACCCUCGGCCUUCAGUACCUCUGGGUGACCCUCAUUAGCAACCGGAAGUUAAAAUACCUCAACCUGGGGAACACACUCAUGAGGGACGAUGACAUCAAGUUAGCCUGCGAAGCGUUAAAACACCGGAACUGCUCCCUGGAGACUUUGCGAUUGGAUUCCUGCGAGUUAACCUCCGCCUGUUACCUGGAGAUCUCCAAGCUGCUUCUCUCAACCACCAGCCUCAAAUCUCUCAGUCUGGCAAGAAAUAAGGUGGUAGAAAAAAGCAUGAGGUCGCUCUGUGAGGCCUUGAGUAGCUCCCAGUGUUCACUGCAGAAGCUGAUACUGGACAGCUGUGACCUCACAUCUGCCAGCUGCGGUUUCCUGGCACUGAUGCUUAUCAACAACAAAAAGCUGACCCACCUGAGCCUGACGAUGAACCCCAUGGAGGAUGGCGGGGUGAAGCUUCUGUGUGAGGCUCUCCGGGAGCCGACAUGUCACCUCCAAGAGCUGGAACUGGUGGACUGCCAGCUCACGGAGGAUUGCUGCGAAGAUCUGGCCUGCGUGAUCACAGCCAACAAGCAAUUGACGAGCUUGGAUCUCGGUAACAACGCCCUGGGUGACGUCGGAGUCAUGGCCCUGUGCAAGGGGCUGAGGCAUGAGGACAGCUCCCUGAAGAGACUUGGGUUGGAGGCCUGCGGGUUGACUUCCGAAUGCUGUGAGGCACUGUCACUGGCCCUGUCUUCCAACCAGCUCCUCACCAGCCUAAACCUGACAAAGAAUGACUUCAGUACGUCGGGGAUGUUGAAGCUGUGCUCUGCAUUCCUGCAUUCCACCUCUAAACUUCGGAUAAUCGGCCUGUGGAAGCAACAGUACUAUGCCCAGGUGAGAAGGCAGCUGGAGGAAUUGCAGUUUACAAAGCCCCAAAUGGUGAUUGAUGGUGAUUGGUAUUCCUUUGACGACGAUGACGACCGUAACUGGUGGAAAAACUGA